GUGUGCGCUUGUGCAGGUUCAUUCUGUUCCAGGGGCGAGUGUUAUUAUAAGGCCUAGAAUUUAAUGCACCUGCAUUGAGGGAAAAAUUAAUCUGUUGAAUUAGAUAUUGUGACAAAUGCUCUUUUGACACGUUAUUAGCAAAUAACACAAUCCAGAUAAAAAUGGCUGAAUUACCGAUGGGGAAAGGGGUAUCCGCAGGAAAAAUAGCAAGCAGUGUACAGAAAAAAAUUACCAGGGCUCAGGAAAAGGUUCUCCAAAAGCUUGGCAAGGCAGACGAGACUAAAGAUCUGGCAUUUGAAGAGGGAGUGAUCAACUUCAACAAACAGCUGGUUGAGGGUAGCACACUGCAGAAAGACCUGCGGGCCUAUUUGGCUGCUGUGAAAGCCAUGCAUGAGUCUUCUAAACAUCUGUACGAGUGCCUGGAUGACAUGUAUGAGUCUGACUGGUAUGGCAGAAAGGAAGUGGACUCACUUUUGGAGGAUUCAGACCUCCUUUGGACAGAUUUCCAUCAGAAACUUGUGGACCAUGCGCUUAUAUCCAUGGACACUUACCUGGGCCAGUUUCCUGACAUCAAAUCCCGUAUUGCAAAGCGUGACAGGAAGCUGGUGGACUAUGACAGUGCACGACACAACUAUGCUGCGGUGAACAAAGGCAAGAAAAAGGAGGGGAUCAAGGUCACCAAGCCAGCUUCCCUGCUGGAGAGGGCCGCCCCAGGCUGGGCUCAGGGGAUCCUGUCUGCCCAUAACGUGGCUCAAACCAGCCUCUCCAGGAGUCAGGCAGAGGAAGAGCUGGAGAGGGCACAGAAAGUGUUUGAGGAGAUUAAUAUAGAUUUGCAGGAGGAACUGCCAUCUCUGUGGAACAGUCGUGUUGGCUUUUAUGUGAAUACAUUCCAGAGUGUGGCUGGUCUGGAGGAGAAGUUUCACAGAGAAAUGGGAAAAAUUAAUCAGAAUCUGAAUGAUACGCUGGAGAAAUUAGAAAAUCAAGAUAUGUCCAGAAAAACAGGUAGCCAAGAGGUGAGGACAUCAACAGCCCAGAAGAGUGACAGAACACAAGAUGCCAAUCACACGUUGAGCCCAGGAGGACCGCCAGCCAUACCCAAAUCACCGUCCAAGCUAAAGCCUACGGUUCCUCCACCUCCUAAAGUUACUCCAUCAAAGGAUAUGAAGCAGGAGAACAUUAUCAAUCUGUUUGGUGAGGCUGCCACUCCAAACAUCAGUGUCACUUCGCCAACACAGUAUGAUGCUCCAGCCACUGCUAAUCUGCUGGAUAUGGAUCUGGACUCACUUCAGGCUGCCACCACACCAGCCGCACAGACUUGGGAUUCAUGGGAGCAAACAGAGAAGGAAGCUGAGGUGCCUCAGACAUGGGACGAUGAUGGUACCCAGCCUGUGCACUCUGGCUGGGGCGAUGAUGGUACCCAGGCUACCUGGGAUGAUGAUGGUAGCCAACCUGUGUGUGCUCCGGCCGCAUACUCCACCUGGGAUGAUGAUGUCUCUCAGCCUGUGCAGGGGAAUGACAAUGAUUCUACCCAGCAGGCCCAGGGGUGGGACGAUGAUGGGGCUCAGGCCACAGAAAAGGUAGCUGUUACAGAAGAGGCAGUAGCUGAAACCGUAAAUGAAACUGCACAGGCGACCACUGAGAGCACAGAGAGUGUAGAGAUGCCAGAAUCCUUCCUGUUCAAAGUGAAAGCAAUGCACGACUACAAUGCCAAUGACUCUGAUGAGUUGGAGUUGAAGGCCGGAGAUGUGGUGCUGGUUGUAAGCUAUGAAAACCCAGACGAGGAGGAUGAAGGUUGGUUAGUGGGAGUCAAAGAGUCCGACUGGAUUCAGCAUAAAGCUCAAGGGAAAAAAGGAGUCUUUCCUGAAAACUUCACCCAGAGGAUGUGAGAGCCUGUGAUCCGCUUGACCUGUUGUUAAUCCUUCUAUAUAACUCCUUAUUGCUUCCCUUCAAAAUGCAAACAAAAAAACUGUACUACGACACCAACAAAUGCACAGCCACAGGCAAUCUGCUGGUUAUGUUUGUGGAAGUUGUUGACAGGUUAGUCUUUGCGUUGUUGUCACCAUGUCUCCUAUUUGUCACGAUGCAAAUAUAAGACAACCUUUGACAAAAUAAGUGGUAUUCUGUUAACUAGUUUUGCCUUUUUUAAUAGAUGGAGUAACAUACCCAAAGUAAGUCCUUGCUGCAAAUGUUUUUAGACUAGAUAUUCUUAACCAUGUCCCAUUUUGUGUGGAAAUGUUUUAAAGUCAUAUCCCAGAUGAGCUAACAAACUGGUGAGAAAACAGUCUCUGUAGUCUAAUAUUGAGCAAGCACUAUUUGAGCUGCAUGAUAUAUAUAUAUAUAGUAAUGUCACAGGUGGAAGCAAACAGUAUUUCUUUUUAAAUGGUGAUUAAUAUUCCUCUCGAGACUGGAAUGCACUACACAACUUUUCAAAUCUAAACAGAU